AUGACGGACAGUCCAGUGCUGGAUUUGAAAAGCAGACUGCGGUGUGAUUCCGAAGAUUUGGAGUCGGACAGCGGUGAGGAGCUGCCGGUGCCGCAGCACAUCUGCAUCAGCCACAUCACCUGCGACUCCUUUAAGAUCGGCUGGGAGCUGGACACCGGCUGCGACCGCAUCACUCACUACUUCAUCGACCUCAACAAGAAGGAGAACGCAAGCUCCAACAAGUUUAAACACAAGGACGUCCCCACAAAGCUGGUGGCCAAAGCCGUGCGUCUGCCCAUGACGGUGCGGGGACACUGGUUCCUCAGCCCCAGGACUCAGUACACUCUGUCGGUGCAGACUGCAGCCAAGCGUCCAGACGGAGACUACACCGUGUCCAAGUGGAGCCACAGUGUAGAGUUCGACACCGCGGAUUACUCCUCACUGCACCUCACUCAGCUGCUGCAGAAGGCAGAGGCUCUGGCCGGCAGGAUGCUCCCGUUCACCGUUUUCUACAGAAACCAACAGAAAGAGUAUUUUGAAGAUAAAGGCCCCUUGUUUUGCUCCAGAGACGCUGAGUGCACUCGGAUGCUGCCGUGUGUGAAGGACGUCAGUGGAAGUCAUGGAUCUCCAAUCAGCAGCAAACUGGAGGGAAUCUUCUUCAGCUGCAACACAGAGUUUAACACUGGGAAACCGCCCCAGGACUCCCCCUAUGGGCCAUACAGAUUCCAGAUCCAGGCAGAACUCCUCUUCAACAACAACACCAACGUUUAUUUCGGAGACUUCUUCUGCAUGUACACGUCCUACCAUUACGUCGUCGUUGUGUUGGCCCCAGAGGGAUCCAAGGGAGACCUCUUCUGUAAGGAGAGACUGCCUCUUCUGGACCGCUCCUCCAACGCUUUCCUGUGCUGCUCUGAGACGGACGACGGUUCUCUGUAUUUCCAACACGCCCAAGACGUCAUUUUGGAGGUGAUCUACACGGAGCCGGUGGACUUGGCGUUGGGGACCGUCACGCAGAUCAGUGGACAUCAACUCAUGAGUUUAUCCACCACAAACGCCAAAAAGGAUCCAAGUUGCAAAGUCUGUAACAUCAGUGUUGGUCGUUAA